AUGAGGUGCCUGUUUCCAGCCACACUUGUUCUCCAGUUUCUCGGGAGUUGCUUCUGCCAAUUCCCUCGUCCCUGUGCCAACACGGAGGGCCUACGUACCAAAGAGUGUUGCCCAGUGUGGGACGGAGACGGCUCGGCGUGCGGUGCCCUAUCAGGUCGCGGUUUCUGCACAGAGGUGGACGUGUCAAACGAGCCGGACGGCCCGCAGUACCCUCACAGCGGCAUUGACGACCGGGAGCGCUGGCCUUUGGCUUUCUACAAUCGAACCUGUCGCUGUGCUGGAAACUACGGCGGUUUUAACUGUGGAGAGUGCAAGUUUGGCUACUGGGGAGCAAACUGUGCAGAGUACAGGGAAUCAGUUAGGCGAAGCAUCCUGACCCUGUCUGCUGCUGAGCAACAAAAGUUCAUCUCCUACCUUAACCUGGCCAAGAACACCAUCAGUCCUGACUAUGUCAUCUCCACGGCAACCAGAGCAGAGAUGGGCGAAAAUGGUGAGAAUCCUAUGUUCUCUGACAUCAACACCUACGAUCUGUUUGUUUGGAUGCACUACUACGUGUCACGGGAUGCCUUCCUGGGAGGACCGGGGAACGUGUGGACCGACAUCGACUUCGCUCACGAAUCUGCCGCCUUUCUACCCUGGCAUCGAGUCUACCUGCUUCACUGGGAGAAUGAGAUAAGGAAGUUAACAGGAGAUUUUAACUUCACCAUCCCGUACUGGGACUGGAGGGACGCUGAAGCCUGCGAAGUGUGCACAGAUAGUUUGAUGGGGGGACGCAGCCCCUUCAACCCCAACCUUAUCAGCCCUGCGUCAGUCUUCUCGUCAUGGAAGGUGAUCUGCACCCAGCCAGAGGAAUACAACAGUCGUGAGGCAUUGUGCAACGGAACAGGGGAAGGACCACUGUUGCGUAACCCCGGCAACCACGAUAGGAACCGUGUGCAGCGGCUCCCGACAUCAGCUGAUGUCGAGUUCACUGUGGGUCUCCGUGAGUACGAGACGGGUUCCAUGGACCGAUUCGCCAACAUGAGUUUCAGGAACGUUCUUGAGGGUUUUGCCAGUCCAGCCACAGGCAUGGCCGUUCAAGGCCAAAGCACCAUGCACAACGCCUUGCAUGUCUUUAUGAACGGCUCCAUGUCCUCCGUGCAAGGUUCUGCCAAUGACCCUAUAUUCCUCCUGCAUCACGCAUUCAUAGACAGUAUCUUUGAACGCUGGCUCCGAACCCACCAGCCUACACGGACCUUCUAUCCAUUUGCCAACGCUCCCAUUGGACACAACGAUGGUUACUAUAUGGUGCCAUUCCUGCCUCUUUAUAGAAAUGGAGACAAUUUCCUCUCCAUAAAGACAAUGGGAUAUGAAUAUGCCUAUCUGUUAGAUCCAGGCCAAAGAUUUGUUGAAGAAAUCCUGACACCUUACCUCCAACAGGCCCAGGAGAUCUGGCAGUGGUUGUUGGGAGCCGCUAUCCUCGGGGGGUUGAUCACGGCAGUCACUGCGGUCGUGGUGGUCAUAGCCAGAAGGAAGUGGAGACGAAACCAGAGGAAGAAGAGAGCUUCCAUUUUUGGAGAACGACAGCCCCUUCUCCAGAGCAGCUCAGAGGAAGGUUCAGCUUCCUAUCAAACUACUCUGUAA